AGCGGACAAAGGUAUUACAAAGUGAGUGUUCCUAUAUUUGAUGUGUACAGAAAGUAUGUGUUGUUUAUAAAGAUGGAAACCCUGCGUCGCUGCCUGGUUAGGUGAGCUCAUUGCUACAGCAGACGAGAGUUGGCUUUCAUGUCAGUAACACUGAUAGAAGUGUGGUCUGUUGGAUUAACUGGCCUGAAGACACAAGGAAUGCUGGACUCAUAACAAUUCUAAAGAGAGUAGCAGUGACUGAGCGUACAACAUGGAUCCAUGUCUCUUCGUCCAGCCGACGAUAGAGGAGAUCAAACUCCAUAAAAAUCACUACCAACAAAGCGUUGUUUCGUCUUUUUUUGAAAAACUCGACCAAGUUUCAUCUUCGUGGCACAACCAUUCAAGAGGCAAUAAAAUCGGGGUUGUGCAAGAUUUGGAUCUAUUAAAUGGCGACCCGCGAUUGAGUUACCCGUGUCUCGCGCAACCUAGCAAUCAGAGGUCAAGGUCACCAAAGUCGUUUGGUAAAGAUAAUGGGACGAGUUUGCAGCGGAGGAGCUCCUUGUCCGAUUUGGAGGGACGGUAUUCUUUUCGUAAGAAAAGAACUGCGGCACAGAAAGUGGUCGGCAUAAGCGAUCGGGAAAUGAAAGCAGUGAUAAUGGGUGUAGCUAACGAGCUGUCAAUCAUUUAUGAGUAUCAUAUCUCAGUGUUGUAUGGUUUGGCCGAUGUGGAACUUUUGGCGGAAAAUGCAGUUGAUUGCAUGUUCCAUCAUUUGAAACAAAACGAUGUACAGUUUUGUUACAACGAUAUGCUGAAAUCUGUGAUAGAGGCAAUGCCAAAGACCAAAAUAAAAAAGUUUGUUUAUCUACGCACAAACGAUGGAAAAGCAACCCUCGCAUGGAACGUUGUGAAAGUUUACAAACAGGCAGGCUUGAGACUAUUGGAGGACAAUCGCGCCGUAUCAGAGCUACCCCGUUACAAGUUCUUUCGGUGUUUUUCACCAUUUGGACAAUCGUGUAAACCGGACAUCUACGGAUUCAGGGGACCCAUGAUGAUGUGGGAGGAAAAUAGGCAAGUUUAUAAAAUCUUAGACCAGGAUAUGACGACGAUACAACACGGGCAACACACGCAGAUGGCGCACACGACCAAGGAUAUGCACCAGUUAUACAAACCGUUUCAUUGCGUAUGUGAUCUACAGGAUCUGAUUGGCUAUCGCAACAGCCUAUUAGACACCAGGGUCGAAUCUUUCAACAUGUUCUUACAAACGUCAUACAGCCUGAACAACAAUGUCAUGGCCGUCUUGCGGCACAAGAAACCUCUUACGCUCCGGUUAGAUUUGUACGGCGCAAAUCUCUCAAGGUGCGACCUAUCAAAAUUAGCGAUAAACAAAUUCUCGUUCAAGUUGGACAAUGUGCAAUUACGCAACAGCAUUCUGUUAGAUGUUGAUUUUUCCGGUCUGAUCAUAACAAACGUUAGCUUUGUUGGUGCUGAUUUGUCGUUUAGUAAUCUUAGCAAUGUGACGUUCUGUAAAUGUCACGCCGGUAAUUUCGAAGGUGCUAAGCUCAAGUACGUUCUGACGGAGAAUACUGAUCUUCCAGUGGAAUUGUCUGCUUCUAAAACCGGGAUUAGCUCAGCGAUCAAUAUGCACGAUUCAGGAGCGGUUGUGAAACUGAUCCGUCGAGAGCUGAUCCAGAACCAUGAGUUCAAAAUCCAAACGUUUUGCGACGAGAUGGGCGUGAGUAAAAUGAGUGAGUUGACGAAGCUGCAACCAAUCACACUACAGAAAGUACCGGAACCGGGAGACGGUCCAGGUUUCAGGUCACAGACAGUGAAACUUGAAGAAAUCUUCUACUCGGACCGAGAAACUGGCCCACGGGAGCGCAUGUGCGUCUUGGUCGAAUGCAACCCAUUCAAAGAUGCUGCUCGACAACAAUUCAUCCACCGCGUCAUCAACACGUGGAUGGAAUCGCUAACGGAACUAACACGCGGCGGCAGUCUCAAUCAUGGUUUCGAAUUCGACAUGGCCGACGAACAUAGUAUAAGAUUGUCUGAAUUCUCGUUUAUUUUUUACGCCGAGUUACGCAAAGUUACGACGUCGCUCGCACAGGCAGUGUUUUCCGACUUGUGUUCAAGCGAUACAUCCGCGCUGCGUGAGGAUCCACGCUAUGUCCACUAUGUCGCACACUGCCUCGAACAACAGGACGUUCUCAUCAUGAUUAAUGACCACACCGACGUGACACCAGCUGCCAUUACGCGUUACGUCGAACAAUUAUUGAAGACCCCGACCUAUUCUAGCUGUUAUAUUUUAUUCAUCACAAAGUCAGAGUGCUGCAGUCAGAUGAGGAAGAACUUCGACAGUGUUUUGUCACUGCAGGCCUCCUGACUUAGUGUCGGGCGAAACCCUGGUAUUAUGCGGCCUACAGUCACAAGGGAAUUUCUGGUUUGAUGUCAUUAUCACCAAGCCUGAUUUGUUCUAUUUUCAGCAACAUACUGUAUGCACUUGAGAUAAAAGACCAAGAGAAAGCAGCAUUUUUACCAUCAAUUACUGCCACCUUUUGUACUGUGUCAAUACUUGCCCUCUUUUGCUGAAAAGACUGAAUACACUUAUAUACGGUAUAUUCUUGAAGGAAAGCAUUUACAUAUAUCCCAGGGUUGCCCAAAAUAAGGGGGUGUAUACUAUUUUAUAAUUGACCUACAUACAUGUACAUGUAAGGUAUUGGAGGGUAAAUUAUAGUUUUAUUUCUUCGGACUGGAAACUUGUAUUGAAUGUUUCCUCAAUUAGGGCCGUUUAGACGACAGAAAAAAGGCCCAAUGAGAUCCGAUCGAAUCCGAAUGCGGUCUAAAUUUCCCUGGUGUAAACGCAAACCGAUCAGGUCUCAUUUGGUCCCAUCGGGUCUUCAAGUGGUCCACCUCUUUUGCUGGUUCCAUCGGGGCUAAUCCGGAUGUAUCCAGAUCAAAUUUGGUCGUCUCAACGCGAUCGGGCCUAAUGCGGUCUCAUCUGGACUAAUAUUUUUACCUACACGCAUGCGUAUUGGAUUUGGUACUUCGGCAAUACUUCCUUUCAUUAUAAACACGUGUAUUUUCGCGGGAAUUAACGUCGUUUGGAUUGUCAAUUUUAUAGUAUUUCUCUUGGCUUAUUUUCAUUAUUCCAAUAUGGUGAAGGAUAAGUUCACGGACACGGUUGUUUUCGAUCUCAUACAUAUUUGGAGCGAUCAAUCCAUUCAUCGGAAGCUAGACAGCAGCUACCAUAAGAACGAGCUUGCCUAGUACCAUUAUAACCCGCAUUGUGGCGCUAAAUCGGUGACACCACCGCGACAUCCUGCGGAUUAUUGGUGGAACCAAAAGAAAUUAGUCCACAUCAGUCCUCAUUGCUGUUGAGCGUCUAAACGGGUACAUUAAAAUGAGACCACAUCCGGUCUGGAAUGGGGUUCGAUCGGAUCGGUUCGGAAUGGGGUCUUAUGCAGUCUUUUUGGAAAGCGUCUAAUAUAAAAGAUUAUCACUGUCUAAACAUACCCUAGUUCCACCGAUCCAAGACCGUAUUUUGCACAUGUUGCCAUUCAAAAUUUCAAAUCUAGAUUGACAGUGGGUAAGCAACACCAAGUUGUCCGAUGUUCAUGACCUCAUGUGACGGCUUGCCCUGCCUUGUCGAUUUACUUGGUAACUUAUAAAAUGGUCUUAGUUUGGCGAAACAAGAGUAUCUACUCAACUAGUCUAGAGUUGGCACUAAGUCAUGUUGGAUAAGAUGACGGCCUAGCAAGGCCCUGCGUAGUCAGAUUUUCUACAAUAACUUUCUUAACGAUAAUGAGCAUUUUAGGAAAUUUCAUUCACCAGCUAAGUCGGUGCCAUAUCAAAAAUGUCAUCUAGUCAUAGCAAUUUUUUAUAUGUUAAGACUGACACAAUUGAAUGGUAUUGCAGUCUAUCUUCUUUUUGUUCGUAUCACUUUGACUUCUAGUUCAUUCCUAUCAUGGCCAUAAGAAUGUUUUUCUUGGACCUAUAUGUAGUUAGGAUAAUAUUUACUGUGGUUAGAUUGCCUUGCAUCUUUUACUCUUGAGAGUGUCGUAGUGCAAUUAAUUUUGGUGCUAAUUAACACUUUCGUGGCCCAACCAUGUACCUAUUUGGACAAAAAUCCUGUCUUCCAGGCAGUUGGACCUCAAGGUUGGUUGGAUCUGCUCUAACGGGUUUAACGAAAUGAACAACACAGAUGCAAUCUUCAGAGAAACCAAGGAACUUGUGCUGCAAAGGGGUCAUUUAUAGUGUGGGGUUGUAGCUUUGUUUUCUCUACCGAUUCGAAUGGUCUUGGGGACCUUUGGCAAAAAAUCUUGUCCGGCUAUCUCUGCUUGAAUAUUUUCUCUGGGGGUCUGAAGAGGGGUUGUUGGUUCGGUUGUGAAAGUGUUAGGCAAUAUGUUAAACUGUAACUUAACCUGCGAAAUCGUUCAUUUGAUCUUGAAUUGUACCGAUAAAAAAGUUAUUUUCUACACGAUCUUAUUUAUUCGUCAACUUCUGCAUACAUGUAUUCAAUUUUUUCGUAUUUGAUUGAACAAACAGGUGAUUUAGUUGCAAAAGAGCAGGUCUCAGAAUCAGGCAACUGUUUCAUUGGAUGUGUAUCAUUGUUGUUUAUCUUUUUCAGAGGGGAGACAUGAUACUUUCAUGUCAUUAAAAGUGGUCAGAGGGGAGACAUAACUCUUUCGCGCCAUUAAAAGUGAUACUUUGUAAUCAUAAUCAUGAAUGUUAGGGUAGUUUCCUCAGAGAACUGAUAAUAUGGAUAGGAGUAGGAACAAAAAAUGAAAAUUUUCAUAUCGAGUGAUUUCAUUGUGAAAAAGUCAUAUCAACAUUUAGUUGAGAAGAUUGUGACAAAAAACCUAGUUUUAUCCUUGAGCAAUGAACUUAUCAUAUCAUCAUUUGAAAAUUGUGCCAUUUCCGCGAUAUGUAUUUACUUAAUUAUAGAAUUGCAUAGUCUUUACUUUUAUGGAGACUUAUCAUAAAGGUUGUAUGUUGCCUAUCAAAUAAAUAUCAUUUGAUUGUAGUAAA